AUGGUAGAAGUGAAAAGCACUGACGAGGAGGGAGCUUGGGUUACUCUACUGGAGUACAACAACAUGGAAGGCAGGAUUGUCCAAACUUCAUGCUGUAGGCGCACCGUGGUUGGCAGGAUCGAGGCUGCGGUUGUCCGUGAGAUUACUGUCUCCAAGGGUGAGGAUGGUGAAAGGAAAGUGUUAAUCUCUCUGGAAAGAGAUGGAUUCCUUGAGUAUGAGAGGCGAAUAUGCGAAGUGAGAUUCCUAAGGAGGAAAUUCAUUGACACCAUCUUGAGGAAAGUUGCUACCUCUUUUGAGAGGUCCGAUGAUUCGGCGGCUAACUUAGCUCAGUUGCCAUCGUUUGCGGCCUUGAGCAGUCGAAGAUUUUUGAAAACUCUUUCAAGACGUUUGAGAAGAGAGCUGAGGAAGGCCCUGGAGACUGUGAAAUACGAGUCAUGGAGGAUGGGAGGCAUCCUGAAGCUGAAGAAGUUGUUGCCAAUAGAGAAGCAUUUGUCUGUUCAAGAUCUGAUCAACAAGACUCCUAACCAAUCAGAUGAGGGGGAUCUUACGGACUUGAUACAUGCGGUCAAGAUUCUUCAGAACAUUGGCAUUGUGACAGAAGAUGAGUGUCCUUUGACCUUGAAUGUGCCAACUCCUGAAGAAAGGGCUCGUUUCAGGAAGGUGGUGACAGGGACAGAGUAUAAGGCCAAGUCUGCCACAGUUGUAUUUUAUGACUGGCACUUGGGCAUCGAAGACAUCAAAUCCUUCCUUGAUGAUGAGUCACCUGUUACUGCAUCAAUUAUCUGGUUCAACAGCUAUGCAGAGAACAAUCCUGGUGGAGUUGAUAUCUAUAAGCCAACCGAUGAAGAAUGGAGAGCAUACAGGGUAAGGCCUUCUAGUCGGAGUAAAAUGGUGCACACUAUGCUUUUGACUGGUUCAGGUGUCGACGAGAACGGAGUACCGUACUGGGAGUUUAUGGACGACAAGGGAAAUGUCGGAAAUGGGGAUAGGGGCUUUCUUCGGAUUAUACAAUACCCUGGAAUCAUCAUUGAGUAUGUUGAUAUUCAGGUUUGA